AUGGCAGGUAAGUUGUCUGGUCCUGUCGCCUUAGCAACAUUCAACGAGGAGAAAAUCGAAAAGACCUCCUCACACGAGACUUGGAUUGUUUCAAGUGGCAUUGAAAUGUCGGGAUGGAUUGGGCAUAACUCAGGUGAAAUACAACUUGAAUGAUCCUUGAACGUGUUCUGAAAAUAUUUAUUGAAAGCCUCUGCACGCGCCCUAUCAUCAGAUAACCACUUCCCCUUAUACAGCACUCUGUUUGGGUCAGGCUUCCUUUUGUUCUUAAAAGUGAAAUAUGACCAAAAUUGUUUCGGUUUUGUGAACACAUUUUUAGCAAUAUUAUGUAAAUAAGUUCUCCUUUCUUGCCUUAUCCAAUUCUUAAUAGAUUGUCUAAGUCUACGGAACUUUUCUUUUAAUUGCUCGCUGUCAGACCUCUUAACCCGUUUCCACAAGGUUUUCUUUUUGUUUAUUGCUUUUGCGAGUUCCUUAGUAAUCCAUGGUGGUUUAUUAACUCCGCGUCGAUUAACCUUAGGAAUGCGCAGUCCACCGCAGAAAAAACUAGCUCGCUCUAUUGAGACCACGCUUCGUCAAACUCCUCCUGGGACUUUAUGUCAUUAACACCUGCACUAAGAGGCAAUAACAAUAGCUCAUUAUUCAGGCUUUUGAAGUCAGCUUCAUUAAAGUUAGAACGUUGUUUACAAUGUGAAACUUUUAGCUUCAACUUAAUGUGGAUAUCAAAUAUAACCGGGUAAUGGUUCCACGGCAAUCCUGCUUCGACAAAACAAGGCCCAGAUUCAACGGAAGACGCAAUAGAUGGCAAAUUUGUAAUUACAAGAUCCCAUAUAUUUGUUUUCCUAGUAGGCUGACUUACAAGUUGAAAUAGGAAGUGGCCGUUAAAAAGUCUGAAAAUUUCUGCUCAUCAUAAUUGUUGAAUUUGUUAAACCAGAUCCUUCAAUCCAAUUAAUCUCAGGGAAAUUAAAGUCCCCGACAGUGAUAGUACACCAAUAAUGAUCUAAGUUAAGUACUUUUAUCAUACAGAUAAAAUUUUGUAUAAAAUCACGGUCACAAGGAGGCCGAAAAGAGUUAAUCAGAAGGACAGUUUGUUGUGGAGUAAAGGUAAUUUCAAUAAGCACACACUCUAAUGAGUUAAAGUUGGUUUCGAUUUGACGAGAUGAUAAAUUGAAUUUCACUGCAGUCAAGACUCCCCCACCAAUACGAUUUUUCCUGUCGCAACGAAACAAACUAUAUCCAGUUGGUAUAAUUUCUUCGCUGUAAACGGCUUCAGUCAAUCAGAUUUUGGUAAGACAAAUUAUGUCUAAAUCUUACCCGUAAACAAUAUCUCGCAAAAUAGAAAAUUUGCGUUCAUUCGAAUCUGCAUCAGGCACAAGGGCCUUAAGACUUCUCACAUUUUGUAGAAAGCACGAUACUGAUUCAGGUAUUUGUUUGUAUACGAUACAGUGUUAGGCCCUCGAUUAGGACUAACAUCUCCCGAUUGUUUCAACCACUGAAGCUGAAAGGAGACAACAGUAUUCGGGUAAUAACUCACCAUUGUAUACAAGUACCUCUUAUCCCGCCGUUUGAACAGAAAUCUCUCUUUCAACAUGCGCAGCUGGUUACAUAUGAUAUUAGAAACGUUCACAUAUUGUAUACAGGGUGAAUCAAAAAACCGCAACCUCGGAAUUUCCCAAGAAAUCGACAUUGUUUUGAAAGACAAAAGAUUUUAGGCGCCUGGGAAUUUAAAAUAGCACAACUGUCAAAAUUACUGCACACGCGAGUGCAUAAAGCAAAAUUUAUGCAUUUAUUUAGUGCACAACAACAGUAAUAUGAUCUAUUAACAAUUCGAUUUCAAUUCCCAGGGGUCUAAAAUCUUUUAUGUUUAAGAAUUGCAAAGUGAUUUCUUAGGAAAUUCCGAGGUUGCGUUUUUUUUUAUACACCCUGUAGAACAGCCGUAGACAAACUUGAAGCGGUUUAACACCCAAACAAAUCGCUUGACUGGUCUCAUAGCCCUGAGCAGAACAGAAAAUUUCUCCAAAUUCACGUUGUGCUGACUUGUGCAUCCCAUGAACUCUUACUCCGACAACGUAGCGUUGUUCCUUGCUCGAUUGUUCGUAUUCUGACUCGAAAUAAAUAGCCAGGGAGUAACGAUUAACGUUCUAUAAUAUUAAAAGAUUGUAGAGCCAAACAGUCCGUGACCAACUCAUGCAUUGUCAUGCUUCAACUCCCAAAGGUUAAGUGUAUAUAACCACAAACGUUUGACAUUUCAAUAAAAUCUAGCAAAAGGAGGUUUUACCCUGUGGUGCAGAGAAUUCUUACUGCACGAAGAAUGUACAGUAAGUACAAUUGACCACUUUGGCGAUUUUGCUGUUUUGCAGUAAUUGGAAACAUGUGCUCAAAAGUUCGGAAACUUGCGAAAAUAUGGCGGAACGCAAUAAUUAAGCAUUAGAAAACAUUUUCCGUGUUUCUACAGAGUUAUGGAAACACGCGUGAAAGUUUGGGAGAAACGAGAAAUUGCGUGGUAAGUGUUUCUAUAAACUCUAUAGGAACACGGAAAAAAUGUUUUCUAUUUCCUCCAUUAAAUAGCCUUUUAAAAACAAUAGAAAAGAUAAAUUUAUUGAUUUUAUAAAUUGCUUUCAUUCAAAUAUUAAUUCCACCUUAAUAUACGUUCGUGUAAAGAAUAAUUAUAAAAGCAAGCCAUAUGCUAUAGCGAAGUAAACAAGUAUAUCACUGACACUGUCAAAACAACGACAGCACUUAACAGGCUUACUUUACUAAGACUAAGUAUAUAAUUCACUCAACAACGUAGUAGCCUACAAGCUUGCAUGCAAAGAAAGCACUGUUUUGAAUAGUUAGUGAACGUUUAAACAUAAUUAAAAACUAUAGUAAACAUGAUUAAAAACGUCGCAUGCAAGGAAAUAUUUUUUUAAAUAGACAGAGUAAAAUUUAAAUAUCUUACCUUGGCUUGGUAAACAGUCAAAUAGAUACGUGUGCUAUUGUACUCAGGGCCGUUGUUUGUCCGUGUCGAUCCGAACUUUUGAAUACGUGUUUACAAUUAGUUCGCAAGAUUGGUCUAUGUUAUUCACUAAAUGUUUGUCAUAAUUAUGUAGUUCCAUCGAAAGGUCCAAAUAUUACAUCAAUUACCAAUAUCACGCCCACUUCAAUAAAAAUUGCCUGGGAGAAGUUGAGUGCCGAUGAUGAGAAUGGAGUAAUAACAGGGUAUGAAGUUUGUUAUAAGGCUCCGUCAACUCCAGGAGAUGUUGACUGCAAUCUAAAUAAGCCAGUUACUGGUGCUGAUACAACCGCGUCUGUUUUGGAUAACUUGAAUGAAGCAACUACAUAUAAUGUCGCUACUAAAGCUAGAACUGUGAAGGGACUUGGACCUCUUGGUCCCACUGUAAGCAUAACAACGCUUGAACAUGGUAAGUGCAUUUUUUAUUAUUAUUUCGUUUUAUCGUUCCCGGCAUAUUUUAAACCACCAUCGGCAAACUGUUUGUCAGGUUGAGCUCGAUUUUCUGUCCUCCGAAUACUAUAAGACCAGUCAAAACCUGUAUGGCAUAAUUACGGCUAUGUGCCCGGUUGUUAGCACAUACUGUAGCCGCUUUAUUGUUCUAACCAAUUCUUAAUAAUUAUAACAAGAAAAAUUAUCAAUUAAUACCCAUAUAACAUUUCGCACAGAAAAGGUGGGGGUAUUACUAACGCCCACUACAUGAACUAUAAUGUAUAGCGUCCAAAAACGGGGAGGAGGUUGGGUAAAUCUCUUCCGUCCAAUUUCUUGAUUUUAACUGUAGCUCUUGUCGAGUAAGAAAGAAAAGAUGGUCCGCUUCACCACAGAUAAAUACCAAAACUUCCAAUCACGUGACUAUACUUAAAUUAACUUGCGCGCGCAAAUAACGUAUUCCGCAUAAUUAAUUUCAACUAUAAAUUAUUCCUGGAAGCAAUAAAAACUCUUAAUACCUCAUACGAUAUUAAUUAUCUGAUGUGGUCGUUAGGUUACAUAUAUCGCUUUCCGUCCAGUAAUUAAUGUUGCCAGAUAUUACCAUACUACAUUAUAUUUGCCGUCGCCGAUGCAAUUUUUUCCCGUAGACAGUCGGACUCAUCGUUGAUAGUCGGACGCAUCAUUGACCCGUGCCCUUAAACAAAACAUUCAGCGGAACUCUUCUUAUUAGAUGUGCCUUCCCAGUGUGUCUUGAGCCCGGAAUUGGUGAUUUCAAAUAUAUUUUGUAUAUUAGAACGAGGCAAGAGGAUCUGGUAUAUACGUAUCCUGUGAAAUAGUGGCCGAGUUACAUGAUAUGAUAUUACUAAUGUCUAGUGAACGGGUAUUCUGCAUUACUUCUAUUUGCAGUGGAAAGUGGUCGUAAUGGUCGCUUAGAAUCUUCCAGUAUUUCCUUGCACGCUAGUUAUCCUAUCCUGGUUCUCUUUAAUUGGGAUGAUGUAUAUAGUUUUAACUCGCAAUAACAGUCCUUGAGUAUUUUCGGAACCAGAAAAUACAAGUUUGUAGUUUAAUAUGGCAAACCGUUCAUCUUUCUACACGUGGUCGAAGAAGAACAACGUGGAGAUCCGUGAUGGAUAUAUGGUGCACCAGUGGGUUACGGAUGGUACGAAGGGAUUCAUCGAUAACGCGCGGAGGGCUGGACGCGGAUCAAUGAUGCGUCCGACAAUCAAUGAGGAGUCCGACUGUCUACAGAAAAAAAAUGCGUCGGCGUCAGCGUCGCCGAUAGGGAUGGAAUCGGUAGCUAGUUAAGAUGCGCCUGGCUAAGCAAGAAACAUCAUAAAGGAUAAUAAUUCGUAGACUCCUUAGUCAACCGAGAUUAUUUAACAUCACUUUGGACACUCCACCAUGCCACCGCAAAGACCAGUGACACAAAAUAA